AUGAGCUCAAAGAGGCUCAACAAGAGGCAGCUGCGAGAAAAGCAAGAACUCGACGAGCUGGCCGAGGUACCGCUGCCCACUGCUUCCUCAUCAACAGGAUCCAAGACAUCACCCUUCCAACAGCUCGAUGAGCCUUCAGAUGAAGGCAGCAAUGGAGAAGAGGGGGAAGAAGACGAUCCAAAGGCUACGCAAAAGAAGCCAACAGCUACGUCGCUCUUUGCUGCACUAGGCGAUGGUGCUGACGAACAAGAGGAUGAAGAGGACUCGGAGCCAGAUCAGGACAUCUCUACCCAGCAGGCACCAAAAAGUAGCAAGAAGAAGAACAAGAAAAAGAAGAAGGCUGCUGCAGCUACUGUUGAUAGCCCUGCACAGGAGGAUGUAGAACGUUCACAACAGCAGCCAAAUCACAGCAGCAGCAUUGGCGUCAAGAAGUCUUCCAAAAAGAAGCCUACCGCCUCAACGACACCUGCUGCAGCGAAGUCCAAAGAUGUCUCUGAAAUGUCCAUCGACGAGUUUGACGCCCUCCUCGCUUCCCAGGCCUCGCUCAACACCGCCGGCGCUCCAGGCAACGCUGCUCGCUCCGGUGCUUCUUCCUCCAACACUGCUACCCUCAACCGCGUCUCCGCCUUCCGCACACAUCUCAGCCUCGAUCCACGCAAUCUCGACCCUGCCAUUGAGCUACGUCGUCAAUUCGGCUCCGCCGCCAUCAAGGCCUACCAGAAUGAAGCCGCAUCCUCCUCUACAGGUCGAGCCACAUCCGGCGCCCGGGCCAGAGCGCAAGCCAACAACCCGAACCUCAAAGUGCGCUCUCUGCUGUGCACGCCGAAAGAUUACUGGCCGCCAAUCAGCCGCAGCUUCACGGGGAUGAGCAUGGACGUGCUCGAUUCUCCUGCACACGGCCGUAUCUGCGCAUGGAAGCACAGCAAAGCCUACCGCCAGGUCCAAAUGCAGUUCCUCCAGGCCGUUCGCAGCUACGACCCCAAUGCGCUCAUGGCACUGCUGCGCGUGUAUCCAUUUCAUAUUGACACGCUGCUGCAGCUCUCCGAGUACUCGCGACACCAGGGCGACCUGGGCCAGGCCGCGGAUUUCAACAACCGCGCACUGUUUGCGCUCGAACGCUGUGCGAGUCCGUACUUUACGUCUUGCCUGUCGAGCACCACGUCCGGUCCACCGUUGGUCAACUUUAACAAGAUCGAGGACAGGGCGUUCUACUUGGCGAUCCACCGCAAUAUCGGGUUUCUGGGCCGACGCGGGACGUGGAGAACCGCGCUCGAAUGGAGCAAGUUGCUGCUCGGGUUGGGUGCGGACGGCGAGGACCACCACGCUGCGCUGCUGUGGAUCGAUUUCCUGGCGAUCAAGUCGCGCCAGCACCGCUGGCUGCUCGAGUUGAUUCAGAAACUCGACGAACAGCGAUCUCGUGCCUCGGCAGCCGGCGGUGGUGUAUCGCACAUCGACGAGCUCUCCGUCCCCGCGCGUACCAUUGUCGAUGCUACAGACAAAGAAGCCGCCGGAGAAGGUGCAAACUACCGAGGCACGCUCGACUGGUGUGUCGGCCUGGCCUACUCUCGUGCGCUCGCCCUCCGCGCCAUCGAAAAGGAGGAAGGCGACAAAACACACGCCCGAUCCACCUCGGCGCUUCGCUUGGCGAUAGCGCGCUUCCCCGCCGUCGUCCCCUUGCUCUGCAACAAAGCCGGUGUCGAGCUGCCGUCCAAGCUCGCCGGGCAUGCGGUGUUCCAGCUCUCGGCCCGCUUCGACGGCGAGCACGAUACGCUCGCCGACCUGCUCACGCAUAUCUACGUGCUGCGCUCCGAAUCGCUCUGGAAGGAACCCGGGCAUGCAGAGUGGCUGCGGAACACAGCGAUGGCGCUCGCGGAUGCGCUGGUGGCCGACUUCGAGCUCGGGGCCAAGCGCAAGACGAGCGCGCCGAUCGCAGCGCACAACACGCGCCAAGGGAUCUACAGGCACGUGCUGGUCUCGGAUGUGCCCGAUACGACGCGGCAGCAGCUCAUCGCGUACUUGCCCCCGAGCAUCACGGCGAGCAGCGAGCAGAUGGACGCAUUCGACCCGGUGCCGCCCACGUCCAGACUUGGCACCACUACCCCUGCGACCGCGAGUGAGGUGGAUGCAGAGGUGGACACAGUCACCCGCUACGACGACGCGUACUUUGCGCCCAUCAUGGCCGACCUCUCUUCUUCUGGCGCUCGUUCGCGGGCCGGUGGCGCUGCUGCUGGUGAAGGAGGCGGAGGCGGAAUGAUGCAAGCCUUCCGGCGCGCACUGCAGGGUCUGGGCGGCGUGCAGGGCUGGGACGCAGCGAUGGAGGCCAUGGACGACGAGACGCGCGAAGACGUGCUGGCGCAGGUCAUGCAGAUGGCGCAAGCCGCGCAGCAGCAGGGUGGAGGAGCAGGAACAGAAGGUGGGAUGCCUGGUGGGUUUGGUCGUGAGCAGGAGGAGGAGGAUGGGGACGAGCUAGGAGAAGGAGGGGAAGAGGGAGAGAUGGCAGCGGCACGGCCGGGAGCGUUUGCUGCGAUUCGCGCGGCCAUGGACGCUAUUUGGGGCGGCGCUGGCGGCGCUGCUGGUGGACAGGAAGAGGAGCAGGACGACGAGGUUCAUGAAGAUACAGACGAGUGA